AGCAGCGAUGGCGGACUACAGCGGAGACAGCAGCAGCAGCGACGACGGAGGGCCGCAGGAGGAGGGAGGCAGAGUGAAAACUAAGCCUGUCUCUUGUAGCACUGCGGGCGGAGGAGGGUCCGCAGUCAAACGCACGUCCCAGCACCUCACACCCGAGGAGGAGGACGACGAGUCCCCGGCCGAGCCACCGGCGCCAUGCAAAGUCCCCAAGAUAGGCUUUAGCAUGCCCGCCAAGAUGGUGAAGAAGUCGAACCCCAUAUCCAUCAAGCUUGGAGCUUCAAAACCCAAAGAGCCUGUACCACCGGUCCCCCCAAAAAAGUUGGCAUCUGUAUUUGACGAUAGUGAUGACAGUGAACCUGAGGAGAUGCCUCCAGAAGCAAAGAUGAGGAUGAAGAACAUUGGCAGGGAGACGCCAACAUCUGCAGGACCUAAUUCAUUUAACAAGGGCAAGCAAGGCUUCUCCGAUCAGAAGAAACUGUGGGAAAGGAAACUGAAGGCCCAGUCAGAUAAACCCUAACUGACUCCCAGUUUGUCACUAAUAGAUCCUUUUGUGUAGGUUAAAUAUCUAUGAAGGCUCAGGUGAUUCCUCCUGCAAUGAAGAAUAAUUUAAGCCUUCUGUGGUACUCUCUAAAUGAACAUUUACACAUUUAACCACUACCGGUGGAUGCUAAGGGAGAGGAGAGCCAUCGAGCCCCUGUGAUAAAAGAUGCUGAGAUCAAGACGUGGGGCAAGUAAAUGAGCCAUUAGACUAUUAUUCAAACUGUAAAAAAUUCUACAGUUUCCUUCUGCAGGCUGAUGAGAACAUCGAGCACCUUUUAGAGCCGUCAUGCCUCCUAUGCAUCCUGCUUGUUCCUCUUGGUUUGGUGCGAUCCUGAUCGACUCUUACUUUUAGUCGUCUAAUAUUUGUGUAAAAAAUGUACAUUGAUGUGUGAUUGUGUUUUAUUUUUUGAUCCACAAACGGGAGUGUGAGCAUGUUGUUGAUGUGGGUGCAAGUGACUAGACUAUAUGCGUAGAUUGAUUGUUUUGCUCAGUUUUGCAACAUCAAUGUACAACUUUUUUAUUUACCCCAAUUUUUUAUUUUGAUAUAAAAGAUGGACAUAACCAUCGUAAAUCAACUUCCCUUUGCUUUUCACCUGCUGUAUCACGCUAUUGGCAGCUUAUUGUUUGAUGUUUAGGUUUUGUUUUAUCAGUAUAACUGGUUUUGUUGGAUUUAUUUCUGUUUCACUUUCACAUUGACGGAAGCCCUUUUAACUUUUACAUUCAUUGAAGGACUUUGAUGCGUUUUUAGUUGACAACUGUGUGAGGCCCAGAAUCACACAGCGCUAAUAUGAAUUCAGAUGCUGGUAACAGUCAUGUCUAUUGAUUUGUGGGUGGUUAAAGUGUACACUAGGUUAAUAAUGUUUACGUAAACACUUCGCAUUGCAACUACAACAUUAGAAAUCCCACAUUUCUGAAGUCUAGCCCACCUCCUUUUAAAAUUAGAAACCUGCAGUUCCUCAGUGACUUCUCCUGUGCCUGAAACUCCUUCUGGAAAAUCCCCACUAUCAAACAUGUCAACUUUAAAUUCCUUUUGUUAUCUUACUGUUUUGCAGCAUUUCCCCAAGUCAAUAACACCCAUACCCACUGCUGUGACCUGUUUAGUCAAGAAAAACUCUCCUGAAAACAUUUAAAAGGCAUUAAAAAAAAGUUUUGGAUUAAA